CAAUUGAGCACUUUUGCUUAUGCCUGUUUUAAGAAAGGUUGUGAGUGUUUAGUGGUGGAAUUUCUGAAAAUUUAUUCUCGUAAUUCAACUUUAUUUACAUAUCGUUACUUUAACUUUUCGUUCGUUUAUCGUCCUCUAAUUAAUGAUAAUUAUUGUUGGAAUAUUCGUCGCAGUUUGUUGAAGUACCUAUACUUACAGGGUGUGACUGCGAUGAAAUACUCAUAUUAUGGAGAAUUGAGUAGUUGAGAAAAAUAUCAUUCUGAAUUUUAACAAUAUGAAUGAACAAAAGUUUUGCUAUUUCAAAUCAUGAUUUUUAGCUCAAAUGCUUGGAUCUGUUCGUCAUCGUUGUAAGCAAUAUGUGGUUUUACUCCGUUCUGAUGUUUAUCGAUCAUGGCUGAGAUGAAUGAACUAAAACGGAUUGUGGCGAUUGCGAGAUGAAAAUUUGGUUACCAAACCAUCGCAAUUUUAGUGUGAACCGGAAUUUUUUAUUAAUAAUUCAUCAUCUUCGAAUAAUUUGCAUCAUGUGUUUGGUUGUGAGCUUCUGCGAAGCCAGUUGUCCGGGUGCUUGCGAUUGUAAAUGGAAAGAUGGGAAGGAGUCGGUUAUGUGCGUAAAUACAAAUCUGACUACCAUACCGUUGAACUUGGAUGGCGGCAUAUUGGUGUUUAAUUUCGUCGGUAAUUCUUUGGUGAGACUGGAUGACGACGUUUUCGAACGUGCCGGAUUAUUGAAUUUGCAAAAAUUGCAUUUGGUACGUUGCAAUAUCAAAGUAAUCGAAAGAUACGCGUUUCGGAACCUCAAUAAUUUAGUCGAUUUGGAUUUGAGUUAUAACGCUUUCAAUGUCGUACCGUCUCAGUCAUUCGCUCCCAUUCCUGGCUUACGUGAGCUGAAGCUAAAUGGCAAUCCGAUCUUGAAAAUUGGCAAACAAGCCUUCGUUCACGUUCACGAACUUAUUCGAUUAGAAGUAGCCGAAUGUCGGAUCGGGUACAUCGACGAGAACGGUUUCCAAGGCUUGGGUCAGACGCUGGAGUGGUUAAAAUUGAGCAAUAAUCGUCUGGUGAACUUGAAACCUCAAACGUUCACAACGCUGCGAGCGUUACACGGUAUCGAGCUGAACGAUAACCCUUUGAAUUGUUCUUGCGAUGUGAGACCUCUUCGAGACUGGAUGCUGGAUCGUAGCUUAUCGAGUAGUGCGUCGCCGGUGUGCCGAUAUCCGGCUCAUAAUUUUAAUAAAUCGUGGGAAAAAUUGCAAGACGACGAUUUCGCGUGUUUGCCAUCGGUACACGCGCCGUUCAAGAUAAUCAACGCUUACGAAGGCGAUAACGUAACCUUAGCGUGUAAAGUCGGCGGCACACCUACGCCGAAUGUCAAGUGGACGUUGAGAAAUCGAGUUCUGUUGAAUGGCACGUUCGGCCAUCCAGUAAAAAAUAAAAGAUCAUAUUUAAUUCAAUCCGUAUCGAAUAAUUAUAGUAAUUUAACCAUAUUGUCUUUGGAAAUGCAAGAUACCGGAGAGUACGUUUGUAUAGCGGAGAAUAAAGCUGGUAAAGUGAUCACCGAUAUCGUAUUGACUAUUGAGAAAUCACCCAUGGGCACUAUUCUUUCGGAAAGAGUCGUCUUGAUCGGCAUUUUAUUAACUGCAGUGAUUAUAAUUUUUCUUUGUUCUGUGAUACUAUUCAUUCGAGUAAUGUACUGCAAACACGACACGCAAGCAGAUAUCGAAAGUAAACGUCGCAUCAUAUCGGAGAAAAUUGAAAUGAAAAGGAAUUCAGCCAAUUUAAAAAGGUCAUCUUCUAUUCUACCGUAUGCCAAAACUGCUGAUAACGCUAACAAAAUUUUAAACGAGGGAGAAAAUCAAAAACAAAAUAAAUACGAUCUAGAUUCCGUUAAUGAAGUAGAUGGACAGAAACCAGCUCGCCCCAAAGAUUUCAAAGAGUUGAAAAACAAGCCUAAUGCAGAAUCCAAGGGCAGUCCAGGCUCGAGCAUUUUUGAAAGUCACAUCGGUGAAAUAGCCUUACAACACCACGUGCUUCAUAAAAAAGAAUUACCCAGCGGAAAACUUUACACAACUGCUAUGGCAUUUAUGACUGAUGAUAGUAUGGUGAACUACCAAAACGAGCCGGAAAAUAGUACAAAAAAGAAAACUCGUUACAAUACAAUGCCUAGAAAUUUCUCAUCGUCCAAUCACAAUCGAAAAAAUAUGUCAACUUAUCCUCGAGUAUCGGAAAGUCAAUCUCCGUUAUUGAGGAGUAAAUAUUACGGAAGUAGUUCCGAGUCUGUGAAUUCAAAUAGUGAAAGAAUAUCCAGAAACGAUUAUCAACAGUCCGGUUUCCAAAAAUCAGCCACACCGAGUUCGAUACGUCGAUCGAAGAAUAACAGCAAUUGGGCCUAUCCUAGUCUUCCAACAACUCCAGAUAAGGAUAAAUACUGGACGUAUUCUGCAAACUGCAAUUCAACCAAAGAAACGCCAUUGCUCAAUAAUAUUUAUAAAAAAAGUAAAAAUCCUCAUGUCAAUUACUCCACGUACUCUCAGCCUAAAAGUAUAAUCGAGCCGGUUCUAUCGACCACAUACGACUAUCACGCCGCUCAACUGGAACGUUUUCUAGACGAAUACAAAAAAUUGCAUUCAGAAUUAACGAAAAUGAAAGAAAGCUGCGUUAAAUUCAGCCGCGAGGAAGACUUGAAUAAAUGCCUAUACAGCUCGAGAAAUUUUGACCGAAGGUAUCGUUCGAGAACGUCCUUAGAUCAGCCUUUCAGCGCGAGCUCAUUCGAACGUAGAUUCAGUUCGAGGAGCUCUUUACACAGAUCAUUGACCCCAAAAAGCACCUCCUCGUUUCAUCAACCCCUUCAAUCGAAAAGUUGCUCUUUCGAGAGAUCGGUGAGUUUUGUGCCCACUUUGAAAGAUGUCUCGUCCAAAACUACCGCUUCAGAUGACGUUAUUGUUCCAAAAUCUAUACUUAAAAAGAAAAACGAAUCGUAUUAUGGAUAUGAUCGUAAAUACGACAUAGACGUGCCUUAUAAUUCUAGUACAUUACCAUUAAAAAAAAGUAGAUUUAGGAGGUUCAGUGAUUCGUCUGUUGAAGGCUUUUUCGAUUAGUUCUCGUUGUGCGAAAAGACUGCUAUUGUUUAACUAAAAAAAAAAAAUCAAUCCUGUAGGCCUAAAUUACAUAUUUCUUCUUCGAUCUAAAAAAAUUAUUCUGUAUUUUCAACUUAAUCCAAGUUUUCCAUUCUUUUUCACAGGCGAACACGUUUUUAUUGCGAUAAAUGCCAUUUUGUUAUUUCGAUUUUUCUACACACGUCCGUCAUUGUCAUCGUCGUGUUAAUUCAAAUUUUAAGGUUGACAAACAUUUUAAAAGGUAUCCAGUGAUUUUUAAACGCUGAAUCUGAAUUUGAAACUAUACCUCCGAGCAAUCAAAUAACUUACGAGCAAAAAUUAGUAGUUAAGUAUCUAUCUACCUACCUACAGCGAAAAAAAAUGAUGCAUUAUAUUUAUUUCAAAAGUCAUCUUCGCCUUUCGAAUUUCUACCCGAAGAUCUAUCUAUUUUUUUUUUCGAAAAUUUUUUGGAACUAUGACGAUCAAAUAAUAAUCCUCGUAUUUGUUGUACGGCUGAAAUAUAGGUAUGUUCAUUUUAUAACCUAUUUUAAUCAUCAAUGUUUGUACCUUUAUCGAAUGGUCUAUAAACAUAGGUACCCAUCCUAUUUGUGAAAGUGUUAUUGUAUUGAAACUCGAAUAUCCAUAUGAAUGAUGAUUAAGGUGUAAAAAUUAAAAGGAAAAAAAUCUAAAAUCAUCAUCAAGCUUAAUUAAAGACUAAAUACAGUAUCAUUAUCGUCGAAGCAUUUAUCUUUUAUACCUAAAAUCUAAAAAAUAAUACUACGAUUGUAUUUAUCUACUUAAUUUUUCGAAACGAAACAUAUCUUGUGUUAUUGCAUAAUUUUGUAUAAAAAUUUUUUAUAUUUUUCUGUACAUUAUUUCGAUGUUGUAAAAAUAAUUUCGAGUAGUUUUCCAUUUUAUUUUUGAGCCUAAAUUUUUUUCACUGUUUUACAAAUCGUCGCUCGUCUGCACUUUGAUUUCGUGUGUGAUAUCAAUUAAAAAAUUAUUUAGCUCCAGAUAACUUACCUAGCAAGUGUUUUUGUGCAUUAGUUGAUUUUUUCCAAAUGCUUAAAAAUUGUCUGAUUUGUAUCGAUGAAUUAUUACCGAUCAUAUCACAUUUAUUAUUUUUUUCAAACUUGAUUAUUUUUCGUUUCAUGUUCUUUUAAAGGUUUGAAAGACUCCUAUUUAUUUUGACCAAAUUUUUUAAAUAAAAUUUUUUGAUAUUUUUCCAAAAAAUAAAUCAAAUUGGAAAAAUUCUUGAGUGAAAUCGCAAUACUUAUACAUAUUUUAAUUCACCUAAAUCAUAUCUUAUAAUUUGUACGAAUAAUAUUUCGUUUGAUCUUUUUGUGUGUUUUUACCAAAAAUCAUUUUUCAUAAUACGAUACAGUUGUCUACCUACUACCUACGUAUGCAUUUCAAAUUUCAAAAAAAUUAAAAAGUAAUGACAUAUCUUCCAAAAGUGAUCCUUCGAAACAUAUCUUCGUGCUUGGAAAAUCUCUUACGUUUUCACUCGAAAGAAAAAAUACCUCCUGCAUGCUGCAUUAUACUUACUUACCUACUACAUUUCAGAAGAUACUCAUAAAAUGUGAUAACGUGGUGAUUAUUCUACUAUAAUUCGAAUCAAUUUAAAAUGAUCGAGUGCAAUCAGAUAUCAUAAUAUAGGUAUACUUUUAACGUUAGUAAGCUUUUGCUCAUAUGUUUGAUUUGACUAAUUUUAGAAGUUUUUUUUUUUUUAGUUGAUAUGUAUUUGAUCGACUUGUCAAACAAUUCGAUUUAUAAUGUUUCAAAGUUGAUUAAUAUUAAUUAUAAAUUUAAUUAUAUUUAUAGUAGUUACCAUAGUAAAAAUACAUGUAUCGCUGACUUAACGCAAUAUAAUUCUGUUAUGUGGUAUUAUUCAUUUCGGAGAACUCCUGAUGUGUUAUGGUUAUGUGAUUUUAUUAACACGACUCGAUUUGCAAAACUGCGAGAGACCACGCGGUGUAAUUUGUAUAAUAAACCUGAGGAGAUUUGAGUUAAUAAAGGAACAUGAUAUUAUA